AUGUCAUUUGGCCUGCCUCUUAUGAUGAUGCAGAAACAGAUCAGGAUGACUAUGCUUGUUGCUGGGUUGUCUCGUUUGUCAUGUAAGAAGGGCAAGGCAGUGAUGCUUAUAGGGGACACGGACAUAGCGAGACUUAUGGUUUAUGUGCACCAGGGUAGUGUGGCACAAGGAGGUAAUUGGGCUCCUACAUAUGCUAUGUGUUGUAGGAACCACCCAGGCGAGUGUUGUGAUGGCACUACUGGUUGUUUCAAGUGUGGUCAAGAUGGUAACUUCAUGAAAGAUAGAACCCAAUCUUCUUCAGUUGCUCCACCAAACAGGGCUGCACCUAGAAGAGCUACUUCAGGGACUGGCAGAAGAGUGAACUGCCUAUAUGCUAUCACUAGUCGUUAA